AAAUACAAAAUGGCGGCACGCUUGUCCUUAGUUGUAUGUUUGAUGUGUUAGAUGUUGUUGAGGCCGAAACGCUUAAAUUUAGGGUAUAAGCGACUCGUAUAGAUUAUUAUUAACAACUAUUAUGUCUGAUAAAGAACUGAGUCGUGAAGAUUUGCGAGAGAAACUAUUUUAUACGUUUCGAAAUCGUGGAGUAAUCGAUUCCUUGAAGUCCCAGUUGAGAAACCGCCUCGUGCUCGAGUUACAACAAACUGCAAAUAUCAAUAUAGCCAGUGGGAAAAAGAAGACCACCGAUCAGACGUCCCUGUACUAUCAAGCAGCCAACAGCUUAGUCGCUAACCACCUAGAAAACUGUAAUUUUGAAUACACACUUUCUGUUUUUCUACCAGAAUGUGGCACGUCCAAAGAUAAAUUAUUUUCUUCCCAUGACAUUUGUCACUUGUUGAAAAUUGAACCUGGGUCUCCUCUGUAUAACUCUUUGAGCUCCUUCUUAACUAAAAGCUCAAAGUCAAGUAGUUUCUUGUGGGAGUUAUUGUGUCAGCUGUCUAAGUUAAACCUAACAACAAAGCAAGGUACUAUUGCUGUCCAGACAGAGGAUGGCUGUACUUCUAAGACUUCCAUCGAUGAAAAGCUGCGUUCAAUAGACAAAGUGUACUCUGAGCGAGCUGAGAAAGAACAGGACGCUUGGAACUCCCAGGCAGAGCAACGUAUCAUUGCAUUUCAACAGCAGUGCGAGGAGCGAAAGAAAGCUGAACUUACAGAAGAGAUUCAGAGAUUCAAAUCUACUGAGCUUGCAAGGAUGAGAGUAGAAGAAAAGGAAAGAUAUCAUAAAGAGAUCACAGCAACAAAAGACAUGCUUGAAAAAGACUAUGCACUGAAGGCUGAGGUGCUUAGAGUCAAGGAGAAAGAAACAGUGGAAAGACUCCAUCGUCAAGAACAGCUGCAAGAAGAAGAGGCCUACGCUCAAAGACAAAAAAUGUUAGAGGAGAUGCAAGCAGUGAGAGACAGAGAAAAUGAGUUCAAGAGACGACAAGAGCUUGAUCUAAAGUCUGUACGCCUGGAGGAAGAGAGAGUCAAAACAGAGGCUGACAAAGUGAGGCACUUACAAGCCACUUUAAAAGACCAAGAGGCCCGACUUCAGCAGAGGAUAGAUAAUGAAAUACAGAGGUAUAAACUACAAUUUCAAGAGAAUCAUCAGAAGAGAACUCAUGAAAUGGAGUUGAGAGAAGCCCAGUUCAGACAGGACAGGGAAAACUUUGAAAGAGUCAAGUCAACUUAUAUGGGAUACUAUGAUCAGCUGGAAGGCAAAAAAGAGGAGCUACAAAAAAUUCAGCUGCAAUUAGAGAGAGAGCGUUAUGCCACAGCUUCACUAACUCAGCAAAAGGAAGCACUCAGCGAGAAGCUUUCCCAGAUGAAAGACUACAGCCAAAUGCAGGACCUCAACAAAUCUUUGCAAAGAGAAGUUGAAACCCUUAAAAUGGAGGUUGAAACAUUAUCAGGAAAGGAAAAGGCUGGUAAAAAGACAAUUAAGGAGCUCACAGAAAAAUUAACGAAGCCCUCGCCUGAACUGAUCACUCUACGACAAAACUUAAAGUCACACAAAGAAGAAGCGAAAAACAAAGAGAAGCUCUCAAAGGAACGACAAAAGAAGCUGGAAAACAUGCUACAAUCAGAGAGACAGCGAUGUGUGGAGUACCAGAGGCUGUAUGAAGAGCAGGUCCUCCGUCAGAAAGAGAUGGAGCGAGAGCUGGACGAUCUACGCUCUGCUCUACAUCACACCCAGACGGCUCUUAGGAUGGAACUUGAACGAAGACGGCUGUCCCAAGCAUCGAUAUCCGACAUGCAAGAUCUAGUCACCCCUUCCACGGUACCAGCCACACCUAAACCCCCCCACGUGCCGCUGAUGGCUGAGGCAGAAGAAGACGGUCCUCCCCCCGACACGGCGAACAUGAUCGCUCACAGUAAGGACAUCUACGACAAGCUUGAGAAAGAAGCGAAGGAGUUGGAGGAGUCUUUUCGUCGUUUCAAAACCCGUAUGAAUAACCCCGGGCAGUUUCCACUGACUCUAUCAGGCCACAAUCCAGUGGAAUCGGCAGUCAUUCCUCCGACAAUCACUACUAGAGCAAGUAACUCAAAAGCACAUGCCUCGUUCAUGCCAUUAUCGGGGACGCGGUUUUACGCGCUCCCUUCUUUUGGCGUCUCGCACGUGACGCAAAACACUUCAGAUGAUCGGUAUUCCAGCCUGCCACGCGAUGCCCAGCGCCAGAAUAACACAGUCAAGGUUAGCGACUUGUUCGCCAAACCAGGUUCGCCAUCGGUCAUCUCAGCCCCUAUUAGUCACUCCCCUCACGAUCACAGCUCUAAAGACACCCUACUAACGCACAGAGGGACGGGAGAGUCAUCCUCCGCAGCGGAUAUAUCCCGGCGUCCUCUGUCCAGCACCAUCGACGAGGCGGGAAAACGUGACAAUGAUAUCACCACGUCACGACCCCUACAGCCAAUCAGCGGACAGAACGCCUUUACGUCACGAGGUUUACAGCCAACCAGCAAACAGAACACAUUUACGUCACGAGGUUUACAGCCAACAAGCGCACGAAAUGCCUUAACGUCACAUAAUUCGCAACCAGUCAACGACCAGAACGCAUUUAUGGCUUCCGGGGCAAUCCAAGAGAAAGUUGACGAUGAUGAUAGUGAGUCGCAACGUAGCAGUGAAGCCUCUCUAAGAAGCGACCCGUUGUCUGUCGGGACACUCAACAGACCUGCGGGUCAGCACAACGUGACUUGGAAGGACGCUAGAAUCACGGAGGAAGCUGAACCAAAUGAGACUUUAGCGAGUCACAGCUCGUCUCGGUGGAACCAGACGAAUCGUUUUUCGUUGGACAAUGCCUCUGGUGGAUCAUACGACAGCAGUGUGUUUUUAAAGAGUCAGACCCUACGUCAGGAUGAAACCCACGCCUCUCAGGCUAGGGAUGACUGGACCAAAGACAGCGUGUUCCUGAAAAGUCAAACCAUCGUUGAAGGCGAGACAGCAGGGGAAGCUGAACUCGAAGUCAGCCUCGAUCAGGCGUGGAGGAGUCAUGAUGAAUCUCGCGCGCUAGAGACUAGGGAGGACUGGACUAAAGACAGUGUGUUCCUUAAAAGUCAAACCAUGAUGGGAGGCGAGACCGCCAGCGAUUCUGAUCCGUCUUUACCGGGUUUGAGGGGUACUGGUCUUGGGGUCUCCCUCGACCAUGCGUGGAAAAGCACCGCAUCGAAACAGUCUGGCGAAGACAAGCGGGAACGUGAAAAGCGUGAGCGGGAAAUUCGUGAGCGCGAGGAACGUGAAUGGGAGGAAAAUAAGAGAAAACACGAAGAAGCGAGACUACAGCGUGAGCGUGAAGCGCGAGAACGUGAGGAACGUGAGUUGAGGGAGUUGCAGCGACGUGAGGAAGAAGAGCACGAGUCGUUGGCACGGGAAGAAGGGGAGCGUGCGGAGCGUGAAUCACAGCGUGAAGCGGGACGUGACGUGAAGGAGGAGGAUUCCAAAGAGCCAGAUAUCGAUCCCGUCAUGCUUCAGUACAUGCAGAUGAUACAGAAACGCAAAGAAGAAGAAAAGGAGAAACAAGAGAAGCCUGCGGCGAAAAAGCAAGCAUCAAAAGAAGCAAUCUUAGCAUCCUCGCAUUCCGAAAUCUCCCAAGAUGACGCUGAUCUUGGAAGUCUGGAGGAGAUGUCAGGAGAUGAUGGGUUCGACUGGGGGUAACAAAGAGCUGUCAGGAGACUUUUGGUUCGACUGGAUGUAACGUAGAAUCAGCAGCUUUCCGAAGACACACGAACCCGAUGACGUGACUGACCUGAUGGUGGGACAAGCCCGAAGACGUAACGACCACGUGUGUAACAAAUGUAUUGGCCUAUUGCCAAAAAUAGAGCAAUGUGUAUGUAAAUAAAACAGUUUGUUGUUUGA